CUUAUCUGGGGCAAUUACAAAAACAAAAUGUCUAUUUUUUUUAAUGUAGAAAUUCCGGCGAAUAAAUUCCACGGGGAAAAGGCAAUAAAUUUAAAAGAAAAGCCUUGCAGUCUUGACGUAGACUGCUAUCCAUCCGAAUAUUAUUGUUUUUAAAACAUGCCCAAAGUGAGGAGGAGCAAAAAACCUCCACCGGACGGAUGGGAACUCAUAGAACCAACCUUGGAAGAAUUGGAACAAAAAAUGAGAGAAGCUGAAACUGAGCCACACGAGGGGAAAAGAAAGGUUGAAUCAUUAUGGCCAAUAUUUAAAAUUCACCAUCAAAAAUCCCGAUAUAUAUACGACUUGUUCUACCGAAGAAAAGCGAUUAGUAAAGAAUUGUAUGACCACUGCCUUAACGAAAACAUCGCCGAUAGAAAUUUAAUAGCCAAAUGGAAGAAACAAGGAUACGAAAAUCUUUGCUGUCUAAGGUGCAUUCAAACCAGGGACACGAAUUUCGGAACCAGUUGUAUAUGCAGAGUGCCCAAAGCUAAAUUGGAAGAGGGAAAAAUAGUAGAGUGCAUUCACUGUGGCUGUAGAGGAUGUUCCGGCUGAAUACUUUUUAUUGACAAAUUUAACAUUUAAGAAAAAACACUGUCUCGUGAUAACUUAUUGUAUUUCUAUAAUUAAAUAAACAAGAGAGUUUUAAUUAAA